UACAGCGAUGAGAAAACUAACCAUACUUCGACAACUGUGGAGGAAUCUGCAGCAUCGACCCAAAAUUGCUGAUAUGAGAACUUUACAAACUGGUCCAAGAAAGACACCAUCGAACAUAUACACCAGAUUCCAGUUUUUCCUUACGGACUCAACAUAUGUAGCUGUUCCUGCCAUAGCAGGUGUGGCAACGUUACUGUUUAUUUGGGAUCAAGAAAAGGAACAAUCAUUAUUCAAGAAACAGUGUAAACAGGAAGUUAUUCCAUUACCUAAUAAUGUAAAUAAUCUUGCAAACAAAGAAAUGAAAUACAGACCUAUACAAGUAAUAGGGGAGUUUGAUCACAGAAUGGAAAGGUACAUCCAACCAAGAAGAUGUGUAACAUCACAGAAAGGUAGUGGAGUACUCUUAUUUAGUAAAGCCGAAAACAUAGGAAUGUUUGUCGUCACACCAUUUACUAUUAAAGAAACAGGGCAACGAAUACUUGUAAACAGAGGCUGGAUACCAACAGACAAAAAGGAUCCAGAGUCACGAUUGGAAGGACAGGUUACAGGCGAAGUGAAAAUAGUGGGUCAUGUUCAACAUACUGAACAGGAGAGUUUCGCCAGUUAUACUCAAAGAAAUGAUCCUAAAACAUUUCGUGGACGAAAUGUGGAAGGCCUAGCUAGAUCUACAAAUAGCCUACCUGUCUACCUGGAUGCUUCAUCAGAUAGCACAGUGGAAGGGGGGCCAAUUGGCGGUCAGAUCAGUCCUGAAUUUAAACAAAAUAAUGGCUAUUAUCUUGCCUCAUUGUAUGUUCUUGCUCUGAUGUACUUAGUAGUUCGGACGCGUAAAUGGAAAGUUUCUGGGAAUUCAAAAGGGUUAUAUUUGUGAAAUAAUGCUUUAUUUAUCUAAAAUAAAAAUAUCUAUGUAACAUAGAUGCAAGAAAAAAUUACA